AAACAAAAUUUACAAGAACAACUUUUUAAAAACUAAAAUCUCAAAAUCUCCCUGAACCUACUUUAUUAGCCAAGCAAAUCCGAUCGGUCUCACAAGGGAAGUUCAAAGGCCAAAGCUUGCACAUAGAAUGGUGGGAGCACAUUGUUCGUACUUGCGCAAAUGAAUGAAGUUAGCGAAGUCCCUUCUGUGCCAAACACCAACCAUCACCAACGGCUACAUUCGCCAAACCCUCCAGGGAGCCAAUGGACUCAACUACGCCGCCUACGGCCGCCUCAUCCAACGCUGCACCGACCGCCGCCUCCUCCGCCAAGGCAAGCAGCUCCACGCUCGCCUCCUGCUCUCCUCCGUCGUCCUCGACAACUUCCUCGCUUCGAAGCUCAUCACGUUCUACUCCAAGUCAGGUCACCUACCCGAAGCCCACAGGGUGUUCGACGAAAUUCCCCACAGGAACACGUUCUCUUGGAACGCAUUGCUCGCUGGGUAUUCCUUCAACGACAUGCAUGUCGAAACACUUAAGUUGUUUUCCAACAGGUUAUCUUCUCCUUCAGGAUUCACAAAACCAGAUAAUUUUACAAUAACGUCAGUGUUAAAGGCGUUGUCGUCAUUGUUUCCGGACUUAAAACUGGCUAAAAUGUUCCAUGCUUUUGUCGUGCAAAAUGGGUUUGAUUCGGAUGUCUUCACUAUGAAUCCUUUGGUUACGUACUACUCGAGGUGUGAUGAUGUUGCUUCAGCAAGGAAAUUGUUUGAUGCAAUGCCAGAGAAAGAUAUUGUGACAUGGAAUUCGAUGAUUGCUGCAUAUUCACAAGAAGGGUAUUAUGAAGAUUGCAAGAGAUUGUACAGAGAAAUAUUGGAUUUGGAAGGUUUAAGGCCAAAUGGGGUUACAGUGCUCAGUGUUUUGCAGGCUUGCGGGCAGUCAAAUGAUCUUUUGUUUGGAAUGGAUGUUCAUCAAUUCAUCGUCGCUAAUGACAUUGAAAUGGACCUUUCAAUUUGCAAUUCGCUUAUUGCAUUGUAUGCCAAAUGUGGUAGCUUGGAUUAUGCAAGAGAACUUCUUGAAAACAUGAGUGAGAAGAAUGAAGUUACGUAUGGUGCCAUUAUCUCUGGGUACAUGGUUCAUGGAUUUGUAGAGCAAGCUUUGGAUCUUUUCCAAGAAAUGAAAAGCCCAGCAUUGAGUGUGUGGAAUGCUGUUAUUUCUGGUCUGGUACAGAACAAUCGACCUGAGGGAGCUCUAGAAUUAUUUCGAGAGAUGCCAUCCUCCGAACUAAGGCCAAACUCGGUUACACUUUCAAGCAUUCUUCUUUCUGUAUCCCAUUUUUCUAAUCUGAAAGGUGGGAAAGAAAUACAUGCAUAUGCCAUUAGAAACAGCUUUUACAGGAAUGUUUACGUCACCACUGCAAUUAUCGAUACCUAUGCAAAAUUGGGGUUCCUUUACGGGGCACAAAGAGUGUUUGAUCAAUCAAAAGAUAGGAGUGUGAUUGUUUGGACAGCUAUAAUCUCAGCACAUGCAGCACACGGUGAUGCGAAUGCGGCAUUGGAUCUGCAUGAAAAGAUGCUGAAUAAUGGGACUCAACCAGAUCCCGUCACAUUUACAGCAGUAUUGACAGCUUGUUCCCAUUCUGGGGUGGUUGAUGAAGCUUGGAAGAACUUUGAUGCAAUGCUUGUGAAAUACAGGAUUCAGCCCACAGUGGAGCACUAUGCUUGUAUGGUAGGAGUUUUAAGUAGAGCUGGAAAGCUCUCUGAGGCGGUGGAAUUCAUUUCUAAAAUGCCAAUUGAGCCAAGUGCUAAGGUUUGGGGUGCUUUGCUUAAUGGGGCUUCGGUUUUUGGUGAUGUUGAACUUGGGAUGUUUGUUUGUGACCGUUUGUUUGAGAUCGAGCCAGAAAAUACAGGGAAUUACAUUAUUAUGGCUAAUUUAUUUUCGAGAGCUGGAAGAUGGGAAGAGGCUGAAAAGGUAAGGGAAAAGAUGAAAAAUCUUGGGUUGAAGAAGAUACCUGGUAGUAGUUGGAUUGAAACAAGUGGUGGGUUACAGACCUUUAUUGCCAAAGAUGUUACAAAUGAAAGAACUGAAGAAAUUUAUGCAAUGUUAGACAGAUUGCUUUAUUUUAUGAGAGACCAAGGAUAUGUUUUGAUGGAUGAAUUUGAUGAGGAAGCUCUUUGUAAUUGAGCUCCAAGAACCUACUUUGGUGAAUGGCUAGCUCGAUAUUGCCAAUCCCUUUGUUGAUUGAUUUGGUGGAUCCUGUCAAUUGAGAAUGAUAAGUUAAUGAACAGUUCUUGAGCCUCCAUCCAGUAGCUAGAAUACAACAUCCAUAUCUUGGGUCAUUUGGGAAGAGGAAGAAGGAAAAUAUAUCAGCUCUUUUAUUCCAAUGGGCAAGGGGAGCCUUUCGAUUGCCAGUGGUGAGAAGUUUUCCAGUAUACAUUGACUCUGGUCUUCUGCAUGUUAAGAUUUUCCAGUAUUUAGGUGAAAAGACAAUGUCAAACUUAUCUCAAUUUGUGUUUGUUGCACUACAUUUUGGUUAGAAAGCAAAUGCACGAGAGUAGCUAUUCAAAUUUAUUUUACCGUUACUGAUUGGUAAAA